AUGGAGGAGACUCUCACGCACGUCUUGUACCCUCGACAGUCACAGGGCAGCAAUCGAAACAGCGGCUCGAAUUCGCUGUCCGGCAUCAUCUCUACUCUCGUCCCAACAUUUGUGAUUGCAUCGCUUGCCUUCACCGGCUUCCUCAUCCUCCGAACCCGGUACUCGCGCGUCUACCGGCCACGGACGGAUGAGCGACUCGUGGACGAGGAUGGACGAACUCCACGCUCAGACACCGGCUUCUUUGGCCUGCUAAGAAACUACUCGACCUUGCCCGAUUCCCACGUCCUGCGCCAUAACUCCCUAGACGGUUAUCUGUGGCUACGGUUCUUCAAAGUCCUCAUCUUCAUCACCCUCGUCGGCUGUGUUAUCACAUGGCCUGUCUUGUUUCCCGUCAAUGCCACAGGCGGUGGCGGGCAACAGCAACUCGAUAUCCUUAGCAUGAGCAAUGUCAACAAGCCGGUUCGCUACUAUGCUCAUGCGUUAGUGGCAUGCGUCUUCCUGGGGUUUAUCUUCCUUGUCGUCGCCCGCGAACGACUGAACUUUAUUGGCCUGCGACGAGCAUAUUUCCUCUCAGCUGCCCAUGCUCAGCGCCUUUCCUCGCGGACGAUAAUGCUGAUGGGGCUGCCCCACGAGUACAUGGAAGAGCGUGCCCUACGUGAGCUCUUUGGUUCGAGUGUGCGAAAGAUCUGGAUGGCCACAGACUGCAAGACGCUGGACAAGGACGUCAAGAAUCGGCGCAAAACAGCUUUGAAGUUGGAAAAUGCCGAGAUGAAACUGGUCAAAGAUGCCAAUGGCCGUCGCUUGAAAGCUAUGAAAAAACAGUCAAGCGAAUCAGCAACGACCACGUCCGACCCGAAGCAAUGGCUGGACGAAAAGAAGCGACCUUCGCACAGACUGAAGCCACAAAUCUGGAAAAAGGUCGAUACUAUCAACUGGUCGCGAGGCACGCUUUCGGAAUUGAAUCGAUUUGUCCAACAACAACAAAACGAGCAUCUCGAUCUGAAGCACCCCAAACUACCCGCUGCCUUCAUCGAAUUCUCGACACAGUCCGCAGCCCACUAUGCCUACCAAUCGGUUGCCCGUGAUUCCAGGACCAAGUUCAACCCUAGAUAUAUCGGCGUUCAGCCCGAAGAAGUGGUCUGGAAGAACCUGAGCGUCAGCUACACGUCUCGCAAAUCUAAGAUGCUACUCGCGACCGCCUUCAUCUGGGUGAUGAUCAUUUUCUGGGCGAUUCCCGUUGCUUUCGUUGGUGCUCUGUCGAACAUCAAUUAUUUGACAAACAAGGUUCACUUCUUGAGCUUUAUCAACAAGAUCCCGAAGGUGAUCUUGGGAGUUGUUACUGGUCUCCUGCCGGUGGUUCUGCUGGCAGUGCUAAUGGCUCUGGUGCCGAUCAUCUGCGGUCUCCUGGCUAAACUUGCUGGCGAGCCCACCUUGUCGGCGGUUGAACUUAAGGUACAAUCGUGGUACUUUGCAUUCCAGGUUGUCCAAGUAUUUCUGAUUACUACGUUCACAUCAGGCGCCGCUGCUGUUGCCUCACAAAUCGUCCAAAAUCCCGGAUCGGCGCCCACUUUGCUUGCGACCAACUUACCCAAAGCAUCCAACUUCUACAUCAGCUACUUUAUCUUGCUCGGGCUGAUGCAAGCUGGGCUUCAACUGCUCAACAUCGUUCCGUUGUUGAUGUACACCUUUGUCGGCAAGAUCCUGGACAAGACUCCUCGGAAGAAGUACAACCGCUACGUUAACAUUCCUGGCCUUGGCUGGGGUUCGACCUAUCCCAAGUUUACUCUCCUUGGUGUCAUCGCCAUCACCUACUCCUGCAUCGCUCCUUUGAUUCUGGGCUUCGCCACCAUUGGAUUCUGCCUGCUCUAUCUCAUGUUCCGGUACAAUUUCCUUUUCGUCCUGGGUAACAAGACGGACAUGAAGGGCGAGGCCUAUGCCAGGGCCUUGAAGCAGCUGUUGACGGGUGUCUACCUUGCGGCACUAUGCCUGAUUGGACUGUUCGCCAUCGGUUGCAGCAAGAGUCCCAGCAGUGCCGGUCCUCUUGCCAUCAUGGUGGUCUUCUUGGUUGUGCUCAUCCUUGCACAGAUCAUGCUCGACCGUGCACUAGCGCCGAUGGAGCAACAUCUUCCCAUCGAGUUGCUGUCAAACAACAAGUACAGCACAACUCUUGUGGAACAAACCAUCGACGAACACGAGAUGAAGCAAGAGCGCAUGGAGGCUGGCACUUCGAUCCGAGGGAACUCUGUCCCUGAUGGGGCCAAGUCCGAAACAGAUGCGCCGGCACCCCCAAAGAAGGCUCCGUUCAAUUUCCUCAGUCGUCGGCUCGAGCCCCUUGUUCACCGGUACUACGAAUCCAACAAGUCAAUCGUUCCGCAGUCUGAUUCUGACGCCUUGAUUCCCGCCUAUACUUCCGAGGAGUAUGAACAGGCCUAUCUGAACCCGUCGAUUACCGACCCGUCUCCCAUCAUUUGGCUCGCCAAGGACAAGGCCGGCGUCAGUACGAUGUUGGUUCAAGAAAACAAGGACGCAGGACUUCGGAGCACUGAUGAGCAGGCUGAACUGGACGACAAGAAUAAGCUCGUCUGGCAUGAGGAGCGUGUCAACGAGGCACCGUUGUGGGAGAGGCCGGUGAGAUAUUGA